GCUCGGCUGCUAACGCCUGGCCCUUUUUUCGGUCGCGUCCCCCUCUCUCUUCGUACACUUCGUUCCCUGGAUCUCUCCGAGACAAGACCCCUCGACCACCUGGUUUUCGGGGGUGGGGGGGAGGUUGUUUGUUCUUCUCUUUUUCCCCCCAGGGCCAGAUGGGGCUCCGACCCGGCUCCCCGCUGCUGCCCCUGAUCCAGCUGGUUCUGAUCGCAUCCUCGACCGAGGGGAGCCCGGCGGGCCGGAGCUGCGCCGCGGAGGGCUGCCCGCCUCGACCCCCUGUCGUACUGGUGCCGGGGGACCUGGGAAACCAGCUGGAGGCGAAGCUGGACAAGCCUAGCGUGGUGCACUACAUCUGCUACAAGAAGACGGACGACUACUUCACCCUGUGGCUCAACCUGGAGCUGCUCGUACCCGUAGCCAUCGACUGCUGGAUCGACAACAUGAGGCUGAUCUAUAACCGGACGACUCGGAGCACGGAGGCGCCGCCGGGCGUGGACGUCAGGGUGCCCGGCUUCGGACAGACCUACCCGCUGGAGUACCUGGACCCCAGCGGGCGGAGCGUGGGGAUGUAUUUCUUCACCAUAGUGCAGGCUCUGACGGAGGCCGGUUACACCAGAGACCACGACAUCCGGGGGGCUCCAUACGACUGGAGGAAAGCUCCCAACGAGAACAAGCCCUACUUCCUGGCGCUGCAGCAGAUGAUCGAGGAGAUGGCGGAGGCCUUCGGCGGGCCGGUGGUGAUCGUGGCGCACAGCAUGGGCAACAUGUACGCCCUCUACUUCCUCAACCGGCAGAGCCAGGCCUGGAAGGACCGCUACGUCAAGGCCUUCGUGUGCCUGGGGGCGCCCUGGGCGGGCGUGGCCAAGACGCUGCGCGUUUUAGCCUCCGGCGACAACAACCGAAUCCCCGUCAUCAGCUCGCUGAAGAUCCGCUCCCAGCAGCGCACCGCCGUCUCCACCGCCUGGCUCCUCCCCUACGCCGGCGCCUGGCCCGCCCGGAAGGUGCUGGUGUCGACGCCCACCGCCAACUACACGCCGGGCGACUACCGCCGCUUCUUCGCCGACAUCGGCUUCCCGGACGGCUGGCUGAUGCGCCAGGACACCGAGGACCUGGUCGGGGGCCUGGAACCCCCGGGGGUGCCGGUGCACUGCCUCUACGGGACGGGCGUGGCCACGCCGGAGGCGUUCCGCUACGGCGCGGCGUUCCCGGACGUGGAGCCCGCCGUCGACUACGGCGACGGGGACGGGACCGUCAACCUGCUGAGCGCCCGGGCGUGCCAGGGGUGGGCGGGGCGCCAGCCGCAGCCCGUCCGCCUGCUGGAGUUGCCGGGCAACGAGCACGUCGCUAUGCUGCUGAACAUCACCACGGUGGAGUACAUCAAGAAGGUGCUCUCCGCCCCCUGACGACGAGGCCACGCCCCUCCCCGGAAACCCUGCCCCCCAGGGCCACGCCCCCCUACGU